AUGUCAAAAUCGAAGCUGUCGCCGCCGCCACAAUAUCCCGACAUCAUCCUAGCCCUCGACUUGAUCGACACCACACCACCGCGUUUCCACUGGUUCUUCUACGUCGCAAACCCUGCCGAUGGUCGGGAGAAUUCAAUCGGAACGAAACUACACGCCAUCGGCGACCCGUCGACUGCUACGGGCUGGUCGUACGAUAGGAUCUCUCUCGACUUGUUGAACUCGACAGCCGUCGCAUCUGCUGCUAUCGUUGGAAAGUUGAGGUCGAACACUACCAUCGACGAUCUAAACAAACUUUUGAGUCCUAUUCCGAUGGUGGUUCCGGAGGUUGAUAGGGGCCGCGAGCCCCGAUUCACGUGUCGGGUGUGGUGUCGCGAAGCGCUUCGACGGCUGAACGACGCGAAGAUCGUAAUUUGCGAAGAUGUCGAUUCUAUGGAGGAAGAGAUGUGGGAGUAUGGUCGGGCUGCGGCAAAAGAAAUUGAGGACGAUGUUUUUGAAGCCGCGAAACUUUGGAAAGCCAGAAAUUCCAGAUAAUGCCCGAUCACUCGUACACGACGUUAUUCACUCUUCGAGUGUAAUGGAAGAAGAUAUCCGACUUCAUGCUCAGAAGAUCUCAGUGUAGCCACAUACAAAGAUUCAUACUCACACGCUGAUCAUGAAUACACCAUCAGUAUAGUGCAGGAACGAUCCUUCACCCUGCUUGAAACGACUAGUAAUAU